GAAGAGUAACUACAAGGCGAUGUCAAGCAGAGAGGGGGAGAGAAGAGAAGUUCUCCAUCUUCAGCUGCACAACUCGCCCUCACGUUUUGUCUCCCCCAGAUACCGAGAAUGGACAAGGUGAAGUUCACCCCGUCGGCCCUGACCAGUACCCGCGGCGCCCUGCACAUGCUGCAGGUGAUCAUGUGUGUGUUGACCUUCUUGGUGAGCGCCAUCUGGAGUCAGCCGAACCACACCUACUGGGUCUACUGCAUGGUGAUUUGGGCCUUGUGUCCACUCCUGACCCUCUUCAUCACGGUGAUAGAAAUGCUGCUCAUCCACAAGCUCAUCCUGCACUUGUGCAUGGACUGGGACGACUUCACCACCGGCAUGGCCAUGAUGUCCUCUCUGACCACAUUUUCCUGCGCCGUCAUUUAUGGCAACUUCUACGCCCGCAGGAAGCUCAUUUGGGGUUGGGGGGUGACCAUUCUGGCGGUCAUCUCCUGCGUGCUCUACUGCAUCGAAACCUUCCGGGACAAGCGGGACGCCACUCGAUCGGCCACUUACGUCGCGGCACUUCCGGGCUUCCUGAAGAUCCUCGAGGCCUUCGUCAGCUGCAUCAUUUUCGUCUCUCUGAUCGGCUACGUCGGGAAGCCCGCGCUGCAGUGGUGCAUCGUGGCCUACGCCAUCCCGUUUCCAAUAAUCCCCAUCAUCAUCAUCACCAACAUCAUGACCAAGCUGAAGAAGUGCCUCCCGUUCAGCAUUGACAAGCUGGUCAUCAUCUUCCUGAUCAUCUCGGUGCUGCUGUACGCCUCCGCCGCCAUCCUCUGGCCGCUCUACAGCUUCCGGGGCAACCCGAAGCCCAAGGACUGUCCAGGAAACAGCUGCAUCUGGAGCAUCCAGUUCAUCGUCACCUUUAUGACCUACGUCAACCUGCUCUUCUUCAUCCUCGACCUCGUCUUCACCUGCCUGGGCAUGUGCGGCUUCAAACGGUCUUGA